UGACUAGAAUUUCUUCACUCGUCUUCUUCAUUUCAUUUUCAUACAGCCGCCGGCAAAGUGACGAGAAGACAGCGACGGCUCCUGUCAACAGUCCUUUCGUUUUCGGAAACGAUUCGAUGGCAAGUUCUUCUGUGGCCCGAGAUCCGACUCGUCAGAAGUUUUUCGCCGUUCUCGCGAUUGACGGGGGCGGCGUCAGAGGGAUUAUACCGGCAGUACAUCUCGCCUUCCUCGAGUCUGUGUUACAGAAAAUUGACCGCCCAGAUGCCAGGAUAGCUGAUUAUUUUGAUGUAAUAACCGGAGCGAGUACUGGCGGACUGCUGACGGGAAUGCUAACGGCGCCGAGCAAGGAUCAGCCGAACGUACCGAUCUUCUCUGCAGCUGAAUUGAAAGAUUUCUACCUCAGACACUGCCCUCGAAUAUUUCCGCAGACAAGAUGUCGAUAUCGAUGUUUAAAGAGAUGGUUCCUGCGUCCAAAGUACAACGGUCGCUAUCUCCAAGACCUUAUCAAGAAGAAUCUUACUGAUAUCAAACUGAGUGAUACACUCACAAACGUCGUGAUACCAACUUUCGAUAUUAAAGCCAACCAGCCCAUUAUAUUCUCCAGUUUUAAGGCACAAAAAGAUCCACUGUUGAAUGCUAAUCUUUCCGAUAUCUGCAUCUCCACAUCGGCAGCACCUACUUAUUUCCCUCCGUAUCAUUUCAAAACCUACAACGACAACGUGGGGCCAGCUGAAGAGAGGAUGAAGGAAUUUAACCUUAUUGAUGGUGGAAUUAUUGCUAAUAAUCCGACAUCCUUGGGGGUAAAAGAGAUGCUGGAGUCGACUACUAGUUCUUCAUCGUCCCCUCCGAAACGAGUUCUCGUCAUAUCCCUCGGCACUGGCUCGUCUGAAAACAAAGCCAAACUAGAUGCGAAAAGGGCAGCUAGGUGGGGCGUAUUCUGUUGGUUGCGUCCUCUUAUAAAUAUGUUACUGUGUGGAGGAGAAAAAAUGCCGGAAUCUUGGGUCUCAUUUUUAUCGCAUCAAUAUGAGGUCGAUUAUCUUCGUAUUCAAGACUAUACACUUAGCGGGACUGUAGCAUCAGUGGACAUUGCAACGGAUAAAAACCUCGAGCGGCUUGUGAAAAUCGGGGAAGAGCUAUUGAAGAAGCCAGUUAAUAAGGUGGAUCUCCAAACUGGGGAAGUUCUACAAACUGGGGCACAAGAAGGUUGUGCCUCAGAAACUAACGAAGAAGCAUUGAUCAGAUUUGCCAACUUACUGGUAGAAAAUAGAAGAAAUUCCACCAACCAUACAUCAUUAGCCUCUUCUAGUGCUGCCCAAAACGGUUAUGCCAAGUCAAAUGUCCAUUUGACAGAGUUCAAUAUUCAAAGGUGGUACGAGAAGAAGAUUAAAAAAGAAGGUGAAAACAUGUCCGAGCUUGCAAGAGGAAGGUAAAGUUAAGUCCCCUAGCUUCGUCUUCCCCUUGGAUGAUUCUUUGUAUGUGUACUAGGUAUUGGCGUGUGGAUUCAGGAGAUGCUUGUUCUUACAUGGAUUGCUUAAGUCACUUGUGAUAGGAUUGAGUACAUCAUUUGGUAUGAGAACUUUGGCUCAAGAUUUGACAUAUAUCUCUAUCUAUCCAUCUAUCUUUACUUGUUUUUCCAACUUUUCUUUCAAGCUCCAACCAUUGCAAGUUAAUCCAAAGGUGUCGGUUGAGCUUCUAUGUUACUUGCUUUCUUGCAUUGUACUUCUGUUUUAAGCUUGUUAUAGUUAAAAAAAAAAAAGAAAAAAAGUUUGUUGGUGUGAUUUUCUGCACAAUUGUUAUUUUUCUGAUACAACUUGUAUUGCUUGGUAACUUUAUAC